UUUCAUAGUUGGUAAAUCACCAUGAAAUUUUGUUGCGGCACAUUGUACAAAACUAUACUGCACUCUUAGGUCCGAAGAAAAAAAUUUAAAAAACAUUCUAAAAUAUGACUUCAUUUAUUAGCAUUAUUUUUAUACUGAGUUCUUACGUGUUAAUUUUUAAUAUACCCACGUCGCAUGAAUACAAUAAUCAAGGAUACCAUCUAUCGACAAUAAGUCAAGUACUUACACCUAGUGAACGUUUCACGUAUGUAUUGUUUGGUACUUUGCCGAGUAGGAUUUACUACUCAUAUGAGAAACGUUGUUACGUGGUAAGAGGACAAGCAGGCUAUUACAAAAACGAUCUACGAAGAAAAAAAGGAAAACGAUAUAAAGUCGUUCCUAGGUGGCAGUAUUAUAUGAGUAAAUUGUCACCGAUGAGUCUAAUAAAAUCUGGAUUUGAAUUUCUUUCGGUCGGUAAAGCUUUGCUGUUUGGAGGAGGUUUCAGUGAUGGUGACGAAGAGGAAGAUCCAGAAAAAGGUGAUGCAGAUCCUGAUGCAGAUGGUGGUGCAGAUGGUGGUGCAGAUGAUGAUGCAGAUGGUGGUGCAGAUGAUGGUAAAAAUAAUGACAAAGAGCCAGGUUUAUUAUCAAAAGGUAUGGAUAUGGGCAAGAGUAUGUUAUCACCACUGUUAAAUUUAUUUGGUGGCUCUAAGGAUACAAAUAAUGAAAAAAAAGAUGACAGUAAUGACAAAAAAGAUGACAAUAAUGACAAAAAAGAUGACAAUAAUGAAAAAAAAGAUGACAAUAAUGACAAAAAAGAUGAAAAGGAAGAUAACAAUAAAGACGAUAAGGAAGGUGACAAACCGACAGACUAUACGGGAAUGGUUACAGAUGUAUUGACAAGUGACUCUACCAAAGACGCUAUAAAAACUGGAAUCAGCCUUUUUGUACCUGGAGGACCAGCGAUUGUAACUGCAAUAGAUGCUGCUGAAAAAUAUAAAUCUGCGGGUGACAAAAUCGAUAAAGUGGAAGAUAAAAUACCUAAAUUGAAAUAAUAGUCUAUCUGGCCAUUAAGCUUAAUUCAAAUACAAAUUUUUUUUAAAUCAUGCGAGAAGAUGUUGUUGUUGAUUUAUAAUUAACUAACUUGAAUAUCAUGUUUGCAUGUGUUUAUAAGUUAGUUUAUUAUUAGUUAUUACACUAUACAGUAUACAGUUACUAAUACUAAUGUAAAUGGUAUGACAAUUUAAAAAAUUAAAAUUAAAUUUUGUAUUGACAAACAAAUAUUUGUCUUACUAUAUUUAUAAACCAACAAUAUUAUAUAUUACUAUUCACGAUUACUUUGAAAUCUUUGUAUUUA